AUGGAGGUUCAAUCGGUCUCCCAAAAAAAGGACGUUGUCCGCCAAUCACACAGGAAAAAAGGCACCGAGUCGCGGGAGGACAAGCAGCGACUGGCAGAAGCGCGACAAAAAUAUGGGCGAGGGAAGCAGAUUAAUGCGAAGAGUGCCAAGGACAAGAAACUCCGCAGCAACCUGAAAAAUCUGGAGGCGAAAUAUAAAGAUGCAGCGCUGAAAGCGAAAGAUGCGGAAAUUCUUCUGGAAGCCGAAGGUGGUUAUUUGGAACCUGAAGGGGAACUCGAGAAAACAUACAAAGUGCGACAGAAGGAUAUUAAGGAAAGUGUGGGCAUAGAAACUGCACAGAAAGGCUUUGAACUCAAGCUGGGAAGACUUGGGACCGUAUACCGCUGA